AGAGAGAGAGAGAGAGAGGGAGAGAGAGAGAAAGAGAGAGAGAGAGUUACGAUUUGACUUGUUGACAGGUGUCCUUUCCUCUCAAUAGACAAGAAUCAAGCCAUUGUUUGGACAAGCAGGUUACCAUUUUAUUAGUAGUAAAAUGUUUCAUAAUUCAAAUCAUCCUUGCUUGUGACUUCCUUACUAACGCUAAUUACACAGCAAUGGCCAAUGCCGUUUCCAGUUUAAAAUGUACAGUCAUAUAAAUAUCUGUUUGAAACGCUAAUGCAGACGAAUAGUACCUAUCUAUUGUGACAAGACUAAGUGCAGUAAUCCUGAACGCCACAUUCAACCUAACCUCACCUCACAUCACCUCACCUCACCCUAGACUAAGAGACAGUACAGUUUAUAUACUGGAUAACCUUAGUUAUGUUCAACCAUACAAUCAAAUCGACUGAGAUGAAGUUUCCUCUGCUUCUCAGUGAAGUUUCAGAGUUGUCAGCUCCGUCCUUCACACGUGACAGCGCCUAAUAGUGAGUGGAUGUAGACUGGUUUCUGGGUAUCUAUAGAAAACAUUAUACCACACACAAUGACGGCCCACUAACGACCAGGGCCUGUUUCAAGCAGCCUAGAGAACAACCGGCAUUGGUGUGAAAUAUAACACUGCUGUGUUUCAGGUGAAGAGGGGCAAAUCUGUUCCUUCAGUAUUCACAGAAACUCUAAACAACAUGGCUUCGAACACCUCACCAAGCAGAGACAACACGGAAGAUGAGGGACCAAGAGACACGAACACACCAAAUGAUGGAACAAAUAUACACCGAGUUGAUGUGACCGGGGUGUCAGGAGGACGUGUCCGACAUGCAGACACAGUUGGUGUAGUGCAUGGCGAUAUUCAUGUGAAUGAAAGACGCACAAUCACUGCCACACGUGUGAGCCUGGCAGAGACUUGCAACGUCACGAAACAGGGGACCACGUCGCUGAGCCGUGACGAACACCGACAACAACAUGAAAGGCAAGUUAUCACAAAAGAUGCUGAAAUCUUCGUCAAGACAACUGGAUACCGCCAAGCCAAGUUGUGCCUAGACAACGAGCAUGUGGUAGCUAUCACUGGCUUUCCUGGUACAGGGAAAACAGCCUCGGCCUAUCAGCUCCUACGGGAUUUGGAACAUCAGUAUGACAUUUUCAUAGUUCAUAGCCCAAAAGAGGUGAAUUUGAAAGAACAACCAAUAAGAGCAAAAAUAUAUUUAGUGAAUGACAUAUUUGGAGAGUCUGUGUUUUCAGUUCUGGCUUUGGAAAGAUGGAAGAACCUCCUUGCAUCGUUCUUCAAGAGUGGAGACAGAAACCUGUCAGAUAAAGUCAAACUCAUUGUUACUUCUAGAAGUAGUAUAUUCAAUGAAGCUUUAAGAUUUCUCGAUUUUCCGUGUUUUUCAGCCGACACAACGGUCGAUCUGUCUUCUCAGACACCACUUUCUCGAGAAGAAAAAUGUGAAAUGAUCCUAAGUCAUAUGUGUCACAGUCAAAUCAAACUUCCCGACUCGACUAUUGACGACAUAUGUGAAAUGGCUAUUCCCUAUGGCUUCCCACACACGUGCUUCCUGUUCUUCAAGCUGAAACAGUUCCAUCUUGAGCCCAUGACGUUUUUCAGAAACCCACUUCCUUGUCUGAACAACUCACUGUCAGAUUUGUUUCUCUCUGACCCCAAGCUGUAUGCAUGCUUACUUCUUCUUCUCCUCAGUGACAACGAGGUAAACGUUGAACGCCUGUCUGACCACACUUUGACAAGGGUGUUUGAAAAAAGUUCAGAAUGUGUCUGCAGACGACAUUGAAAAGUGUCUCAGGGACAGCUCGCCUCUCCACGGCCCUUUCCUAAGAAAGGAUGUUGAUGUUGUCACAUUCAGCCAUCCGUCAAUAAAAAAUGCAGUUUCUUAUUUAGUAGGAACCAAAGACCCAAAGUUCAUCAUCAACAACUGCUCAUUUCAGUUUGUUUUUGACAGAGUAAGAAUCCAUGAACGGAAAGCAAAGGAGACUAAACGUGGAACGUUUGAGGACAGAAACAUGUUUGAACUCUACUUUUCAAAAGAAUGGCAUGAGUCUCUAGCAAGUCGAUUUGUUCAAGGUAUUCUGAACACAGAGUAUCCAUUAAUAUGCGCACAUCAGGCUCUAGCGCAAAGGACAUUUGUCAAAAGGAUUUUAGACAAAAGUGACUUGUUGGAUUAUUUCCAAUGUGGAACACAUGACCCACAGUUUUGCAAGUCCAUUCUCCACUGGUCUGUUUGGAACAAAUCUUAUCACCUCUGCAAGUCCCUUCUCAACUCAUUCACCUUCAGUAAUAGGUGUCUUCUUGAUGCAACUUCGGCUUCUGUGCAUUCUGGAAAUUUCAAGGCAUUUAAGCUUUUGCUGGAGUUAAUACCUCGACCACACUUAGUGAAACACUUUGUAGAGCAAUGGCAAGUUCAAGUACAGACAGACCACUUGGAUACCUUUGGGGAGACACCUUACACAAAUGAAUACCAUGGCGAUACCAUGAUCACGUUGGCGUGCAGGCUAGGUAGGAAGUACAUGGUGAAGGUUCUCCUUGAACAUGGCUUUUCUGUACACGACAGAGAUGCAUAUGGCAAUUUUCCAUUGCACAAAGGAUGCUCUGGUACCAAUGUCUACCUUGUAGUAAGUCUGUUAGAACUUGGAGCCAAGCCAACCAACACCAACCAACACAGUCAGACCCCAUUACACGUGGCUUCACGACAUGGGCGAUAUGGGUUUGUGAAUAUCUUGUUGAAGUACUUAACCAAGCAUGCAAACAUUGCAAAAACAGACAAACAAGCCUACUUGAACUUAACGGAUGACACGGGGUAUACUGCGUUAAUGACAGCUUGUCAACAAGGACAUAUCGCAACGGUUAAAACGUUGUUAACGCUCGAAUCUGACAUCAAUGCAACUGACAAAAAUGGUGAAUCCUCACUGAUGAUUUCUUGCAGGCGUGGCCAUGUCAGAAUCAUUGAACUGCUCCUUGAACAGGGAGCAAGUGUCAAUGCAGCUAGUAUGUUAGGAACUACUGCAUUGAUGGUGGCCUGUGCCCGUGACAAUGUAGAAGCAGCGGAAGUUUUGUUGAAUUUUGAGGCUGAUGUCAAUGUGCGUGAUAUCAAUGGUAUCACUGCGCUGUUGUUUGCCAUAGCCAAUGGCAGUGAGAUCCUCUGUGAACAUUUGAUAAGACAUGGCGCUGAUGUUAACGUCACAGAUUCCUUAAAAAGAAGCUUGGUGAUGCAUGCAUGUUUAAAGGGAUACAGGAACGUGGUUAUGCUGGCCAUAAAACGGAAGGCUGAGAUUAAUAUUGACAUUCACGGCCAUUCUAAUCCAUUGAUCAUUUCUGUACAAAGGCAUCAUGAUGAAAUAGUGAAAAUUCUUCUAUCACAUGGGGCUGAUGCCAAUGUGAAGGACAGCGAAGGGGUCACUCCCUUGCUGCAUGCUUGUCAGAAAGGUGAUGAAAAUAUUGUCAAACUCCUUCUUGAUCAUAAUGCAUGUGUCAACAUAUGUGAUCCAAGUGGUUUAUCACCUUUGAUGUGUGAGUGCAUGAACGCUCAUGAUGAAAUAGUCCAAAGAAUGUUGUCUCUUCGAGCCAAUGUCAGCAGUUCAAAUGGUGAAGGGAACACGCCACUUAUGCUGGCAUCAGAAAGUGGCAGUGCUGGUAUUGUACAAAUGUUGGUCUCUCAUGGAGCAGAGGUAAAUACCACAAAUACAACAGGAGAUUCUGCAUUGAUGUUUGCAUGUGGUCAAAACAGGCGCAGCGUUGUUGAGGUACUCUUGUCCAAAGGAGCUGAUGUUGAAAUGCAGAAUGAAUAUCUGGAGAGUCCACUUACAUUAGUAUGCAGAAAGGGCUAUUUCAAAAUUGUUGACAUUCUUUCAAGACACGGAACUUUAAGUAACACCAAUCAAGCACUGAUGGUAGCCUGUCGACACGGUCAUGAACAAAUCGUCGAGUUUUUAUGCAGUCACAAAGCUGAUGUCAAUAUGAGUGAUGAGCAGAAUUUCACAUGUUUAAUGGCUUCCUGUGUAUCGGGUAAUGUCAAAUGUGUACAAACACUGCUGCAGUAUGGUGCAAUCAUAAAUGCUCAGGAUGAUACAGGUGAUACGUCGCUGCAUGUGGCAAGUAUGAAUGGAAGUGCUGAAGCUGUCAAUGUGUUACUGAAAAACAGCACAAUUCGGUAUCUGCACAACAGCGAAGGGAACACGCCAUUGAUGUUAGCAUGUCAGGAGGACCGCCCGGAUACAGCUCUAUCAUUAAUGGCUUGGCUCCAGGCCCCAAGCCAACUGACAGACUCUGAAUUUCAGAACAGUUUUAUCUGGGCUUGCACCAAAGGCUAUGAUAAAGUACUGCGUGUUAUUCUCUCAGACAAUGUUAAUUUGGACAACUUUGAAAUUGGAGAGGAAGGCCAAGCCGAUAUCAAGACAAUUCUUGACAAUCUUGAAAUUGGAGGGGGCAGUCUUGGUGAUCGUGAAGAUGGAAGGGAGAGCCCAGACUAUCUUGAUAUUGCAAUGAACAUUCUUGAUAAUCCUGAACUUUUAAGAGCUGUGAGGGAAAAGUUUGAAACUUCUGAAAGUGAGAUGUACAGUCCCUUGGAGUGGGCCAUCAAUCACAAUCACGUAAAAGUAGCUGAAGUGCUACUGGAACAUGGUGUUACACUACAUGCCACAUCAGAUCACGAAGACCCACUUCUGAUAGCAUGCAGAAAUUUGAAUGAAACAAUGGCUGAACUGCUUCUGUAUCACAACGCCAAUGUACAUGUUCAAGACGAAGAUGGUAAUACACCACUGAUGCUGGCAUGCAAAAAUGGAACCCAACAAAUGGUUAUAAUGCUUUUGCAAUAUGAUGCUGAAGUAAACUCACAAAAUGUGGAGGGUAACUCCCCUUUACUGCUGGCCUGCCACCGGGAUGAUGACUGCAGCUCUGGAAUCGCACAAGUUUUACUAGACGUGGGUGCACAGGUUAAUAUGGCAGAUAACACUGGCAACACGCCACUGUUGGUGGUUUGUAGAAAAAGCGAAAAUGACAUUGAUCACAAUUUGUUGAAAAAAGAUGACUAUGACAAGGACAAAGAGCACAAGCAAGGUAGUGUUCACCUGAUAUCUGUACUACUACGACAGAACGUUGACGUGAAUGUUGUCAAUACUGAUGACGACAGUGCUCUGCUUGCUGCAUGUAGAGGAGGAAAUGUUAGAAUUGUUGACCUUCUCCUGAAGCACGGAUCCAAAGUGGAUGUAUAUAAUAGCAACAAAAAUACUCCAUUGCACUUGGCGUGUGAGCUAGGCUACACAAACGUCGUGAAGUUACUUUUAGCACAUCAUGCUGAUCCAAACAUCUUCAACGCUAAAAGAGACACACCCUUGAUACUGGCAAGUAGAACUGGAUAUGUUAGAAUAGCUCAAGAGUUACUGGCACAUGGUGCCGCAGCAAAUGUUGCAGAUGCAGACAAUUACACCCCAUUGUUGUUUGGAUGUGAAACUGGGGAUAGUGCACUGAUUGAAAUUCUGCUGAAAUGUAAGGCUGACACAGAAGUUGUUGAUGCCUGUGGCAAAACUCCAUUAAAUUUAGCGUGUAGCAGAGGACAUUUUCAAAUUGUGAAGAAACUGCUGAAAUACUGUCCAAAAGUAAAUGUGACUGAUGAUGUCGGGAACACUCCGCUGUUUUAUGCAUGCAUGCAGGAAGGUUCGGGCAUAGCUGCACUGUUGUUGUCUCAUGGAGCAGAUCCAAGGAUGGCUGGUGAAUCUGAUGUCACCCCCUUGCUGUUGGCGUGUGAUUACUCUGAUUCUCAGACCAUAAGACUUCUUCUGGAACACAAAGCCCAAGUCAAUGUUGGACGACGAACACCACUGAUAGCAGCUUGUGAAAGGGAAGAUCUCGAAAUCCUUCAACUGAUCAUAGAUCAUGGUGCAGAUUUACAAAGAGCCGAUGGCGAUGGUAACACACCCUUGAUGAUAGCUUGUGAAAGGGGCAUGGGUAUUGCUGUGUUUGAAAUGUUGAUGAAAUAUGGAGCAAAUGUGAAUUCAGCCGAUGAGAACAAUCAGACUCCCUUACACAUAGCAUGUGUUGGAGGAGAUCUGCAGAAAAUGACCCGGCUGCUGGAAACAGCUGCUUUGGUCGACGUGGCUGAUGAUUUCAAUAACACUCCCUUGACCUUAGCUUGUCAGAAAUCUGAUCAUCAGGCUGUUCGACUGCUAUUGGAUCACAACGCUGAUGUCAAUUAUCAGAACAGCGAAGGAAAAUCUCCUUUGAUUCUGGCUCGUGAACAACGAAAUACAGGCAUUGUUGACUUGUUGUUGAAAAACGGAUCUGAUCCAAAUAUGAGAGACAAAGGGGAAUCUCCCCUCUAAUUGUGGCAUGUUCUAAAGGCAGAUAGUACACAGUUUAGUAUCACAAAAUGCUGAUGUUAAUCUUUCUUCUGGAAAUGCAGCCAUCACUCCUUUAGAAGUAGCUUUGGAACAUGGUCAUGACUCAAUUGUUGAGAUGAUCUUACAGCACGGUGCUGUUUGUUAACAUGCUGGCGAUACAUCUUGUGUGACGUGAAGAAGAGUAGUCAUAGAGCUGCAUUAUUUGGUGGAAUGUGGUUUCUCAGUGAGCUUAAAAGGUUUAUAAACUGUAUGAAAUAGUGGUUGAAUGAACGUCUACAGUUUGUCAAAGUGAAAAACGCUUUCCAUAAACGUAAUCCCUGCUGACAGCUGUCCAUUGUACCAUUUCGAUUAUAUCAUAAGGAUCUGUUGUGGAAUCAGGUUCAAUAGUGAUGAUACAAGAUGUCUACGAAAGGAUGUGAGGGUAUCCUGUCCUGGCAACACCCAUAACAAACACAUGGAGACGCAAGUCAAGAGUUCACCUGAACAACACAAGAACACAUAGGAACAAGUCAAAAUAUAAAUUGCAUCAGACAGCAUUGUGGACAUUCACGUGUCAAAGAACAAAGAACGUUCAGGAAGCUUUAUUAAGGUUUUGAAUGUUGUAACCGUGAUCAAACUCCUUUUGAGCGAGAGUCGUAUGAUGCUGCUUGACUUUUUGUGUGAAAGGAGCAUGGUCACUUGUACCAAGAAAUUAUGAAAUGUAAACAUCUACAUGAGCACAUGCAUGCCAUGUUUCAAGAUGCAAUUGCCCAAACUUUCACCAGCAUCUUACAGAUAUAAACCUGCAAUAUUGGUUAGCGACA